AUGAGCACUCUCGACUGGAAAAUACUUGCUGCGCAAAAAAAGGCUCGUCAAUUGACAUCGGUCCCCAAAGAAUGGCUAGCCCGGCUUACCAGUAAUUUUCCUGUCCAAACCGACCUCGAUGUCACUUCAUAUGCCAGUACCUGCGGUUUACUCGACGGCCGGGAAUUGGAUAUCACCCAUUCCGAUGUCGAAACUCUGCUUCCCAAGCUCUCUGCUGGCGAAUGGACUGCUGUAGAAGUCACGACAGCGUUUUGCAAAAGAGCCAUCGUCGCGCAACAGCUUACAAACUGCUUGACCGAGAUAUUCAUAGAUCGUGCUCUAGCACGUGCAGCGGAACUCGAUGAACACUACAAGAAAACCGGGAAAGUCGUUGGUUUACUACAUGGUCUUCCUGUCUCGCUCAAAGAUCAGGUCAACAUCAAGGGACUUGAGUCUACGAUUGGAUACGUUUCUUAUAUCAAUAAAUUUGCCGAUCGUGACGCUGUGUUGGCGGAAAUAUUGGAGGCAGAAGGCGCAGUACUGUACGUAAAGACGAACGUCCCACAGACACUCAUGUGGUCCGAAACACACAACCACAUCUUUGGAAGAACGUUGAAUCCCUACAACCGCUCCUUGGCUGCAGGGGGAUCCUCUGGUGGAGAAGGAGCUCUCAUCGCAUUGAGAGGAUCACCUUUAGGUGUGGGUUCUGACCUCGCUGGAUCCGUUAGAAUCCCUUCAGCUUUCUGUGGCAUUUACGGCUUACGGCCAUCGACGGGACGAAUUCCCUACAGCGGAUGCGCCAAUUCCAUCGAGGGUCAAGAUUCCCUAUUGUCAGUUCUCGGUCCGAUGUCGAACUCCAUCGCCGGUCUGAGGUUGUUCAUGAAAACCGUCGUUAAUGCAAAACCUUGGACAAAAGACCCGUUGGGAGCUUGUAAACGCUGGAGCGAGGAAGAGUAUCAAUUAGCGGACCAUGGCGGCGGGAAGCAGCUAUGUUUUGCUGUUUUAUGGGACGAUGGUAUUGUAGCUCCCCACCCUCCGAUCCUUCGAGGGUUGGAGAUGACAAAGGAAGCGUUGAUUAGGGCUGGACAUAAGGUCAUUGACUGGGUACCACUGAAGCAUGAGGAGAUUUGCGAGUGUGCUGUACGUAUCUACACUGCUGGUUCAAAGGAAGACUUUGAAGUCGUGACCGCGGUGACUGGCGAGCCGAUCAUCCGUAGUAUGUUUCCGGAGACGGUGGACACGCCCAGUGUCCAUGAUUAUAUAGGACAAGGAAUCUCUGCGUAUCAGCUUUGGCAAGUGCAGAAGAAAAGAAGAGAUCUGCGAGAAGAGUAUCUUCGACAUUGGCAAGAUACUAUCACGAUUACUGGCACAGGUCGACCAGUGGAUGCCAUUAUAUCUCCAGUAGCGCCUGUUGCUGCACCCCCUCAUGGUCAUGGACGAACUAUGAACCGGGCGUACUAUACGAUGGUUUUCAAUGUUCUCGACUACUCGGCACUCGCGAUUCCUGUUUCAAAGGUCAGCCAACGACUCGACGUUCAAAGGGAACGACAAACGUUUUUCAAUGAUCACGACAAGGCUCACCAUGACAGCUACAACCCAGCGACGUUCGCCAACGCUCCGAUUGCAAUCCAAGUAGUUGGACGAACGAUGCAAGAAGAGGCCGUGCUGGCGAUGUCAGAGAUCGUAGAUGCCGCUUUGAAAGCCUCUCAAAGAUCAAGUACUACCAAACUGUAA